GGGAAGGGAGGCAAAGAGAAACAGGCAAGGGUAGGCGGAGGGGCAAGGGUAGCGGUGCCACUUCGGGCCUUACAACUUGCCAACCAGUCCUCGGAGAACCGUGGGUCUUACCGGAGCUGUAUACACCGUGUAUCAAACAUCCGUGACUUUUCGUUCGUCGCUCAACGAUUUUUAUCCUCUGGUUCGACGAGUAUAUAGUAUCGAUAAUCUCGGGAGGUCGGUGAACCCAUGCGCGUCACGUUUCACACAGUGUGCCGACAUCAACCAGCGAUUCAGGAUAAAUACGCCUUUCGUGGUAUUCUAGGAUGAAAUCUCCAGGAUUAUAAAGCUUAUCGUACACCGCAAGGGGAACGUAAAAAUAUAAAUAUCUAGGAGAAAUCUUAGAUCGCGGAAGAUAAACGCGGCAAGUCUAGCAGCGUCCCUUAUUAUGCGAAGUCCCAGAAGAAAGGCGAAAUACCAGAAGUGACAUGGGUGAUGUGAGGUAGAGAUCGGUGGGUCCGUGACUUAAAUGGAUCGCGGCCGGUUUCGUGACAGAUAGAGGAGGUCGCCGUGGGGACACUCUCUGUGAGCUCUCUCGCUUUUUCUCUCGAGAGAGAUUUAAUGGAAGAUUAAGAGAACGGGCGGAAAGAUGCGGGGCAGUCCUGCGUUCUUCGCCAUAUUACUGGGCACGAUAUUCGGUGUCCUCGGCGCGUCUCUCAGCAAAGCGCUCCGGUACAAAGCGCCGGAUGAGUGCAAGUGGGUCGCGACCGGUGACACCGAGGAUGACGUCUCGUUGGUCUGUCGCCUGAGAACGAUCAACAGCGAGCUGGAGAACACCAACUUCAGCGUGAUACAACCACAACAUACGGUCCGUCUGCGGCUGGAAUGCAGCGACGCGUUGUUCUACCAGAGCUCGCUGAGCGCCGGCAGCUUCAGGCCGUUGGUCGAGCUGCGCGAGCUGGUAAUCGAGUAUUGCAAGAUCGGUAACCUGUCGGACGACGCGUUCAAAGGGUUGAAGGAGUUGCGUAAUUUGACCGUGAGGACGCACAACACCGACUGGUCGGCGAUGGCACUGGACGUGUCGGCCGGAGCGUUCACGGACGAGUUGAGGCAAUUGGAGAAAUUGGAUCUCGGCGAGAAUAACAUGUGGAGUAUACCGGAGGGUGCGCUGUGUCCCCUGGUUAAUCUGGAAAUUUUAAACUUGACGAGAAAUCGAUUGCGCGAGGUGACGAGCUUUCGGUUCAACGGAGCAUCCAGGUGUUUGUCGAACUUGAAGGAAUUGGAUUUAAGUAACAACAGCAUCGAAUCACUGCCGACCGCCGCGUUCUCCGGUUUAACGCGGCUGCACAGUCUCGACCUCCGAUGCAACGCCAUCAGUUUCAUGGCGGACCGCGCGUUCGAAGGCUUCUCCUCGUUAGCCAUCUUGAGGCUCGCGGACAAUCGGCUCGCUAGCUUGCCACCCGAACUCUUCAGCGACGCGAGGAACAUCCAGGAGAUUCACUUGAGGAACAACACGUUGAACGUGUUACCGCCCGGUUUGUUCAGUGAACUGACGCAGUUGUUGGUGCUCGAUCUUUCUCAUAACGAGUUGACCGCAGAGUGGGUGAACGCGGCAACUUUCAGUGGUUUGGUACGUUUAGUGGUGCUCGAUCUAUCUAACAAUCGUAUCGCUCGACUAGAUCCGACCGUGUUUCGCGACCUGUACAGCUUACAGAUUCUCCGGUUACAGGAGAAUCUCCUGGAAACUCUACCGGAGAACACGUUCUCCGCGCUCUAUAAUCUUCACACCCUGUUGCUCAGCUAUAAUUUGCUAACUGUUAUCGACGCGACCACGCUCAGCGGUCUUUACGUGCUGAAUCUGCUUUCCUUGGACAACAACAGGCUGCACACGAUCCACCCCAGCUCCCUGAGAAACGCCUCGUCCCUGCAAGAGUUUCACCUGAACCGUAACCAGCUUAAGUCCGUUCCGGACGCGCUGAAAGCCACUCCCCUUCUGCGAACCCUCGACCUCGGCGAGAAUCUCAUUUCGGAGAUACCGACCGGCACGUUCGACCACGUGGCCCAGCUUUACGGGCUUCGAUUAACCGAAAAUCAUAUUGGGAAUCUUACCAAAGGUGUUUUCGAUCGUAUCAAGGAGCUCAAGAUAUUAAAUCUCGCGAUGAAUCGUAUACAGUACAUCGAACCCGGCACUUUCGACGAGAAUCUCAACCUCCAAGCGAUCCGUUUGGACGGUAAUCAACUGACGGACAUCGCCGGCCUUUUCACCAAUCUGCCGAAUCUCGUCUGGCUCAACGUCAGCGACAAUAAACUCAGAUGGUUCGACUACGCGAUGAUACCAACCGGAUUGCAAUGGCUCGACAUCCACUCGAAUGAGAUACGAGAGCUGGGCAACUACUUCGAGAUCGAGAGCCAGUUACAGCUGAGCAUCUUCGACGCGAGCGAGAACAAGCUCACCGAGAUCACCGGAAACGCGAUACCAAUGAGCGUGGAGAGGCUCUACCUCAACGACAACCAGAUCUCCAAGGUGCAGAGUUAUUCGUUUUUCAAGAAGCCCAACCUGACGACGGUCGAGUUAAAAGGAAACCAGAUACGUAACUUGGAACCGUACGCGUUGCGUAUCAGCGCCGUGCCACCGGAAAAACCGCUGCCAGAAUUUUACAUCGGUGACAACCAGUACCUGUGCGACUGUACCAUGGAGUGGUUGCAACGCGUCAACAGACAGAACCAGACUCGAGUGCAACCGCGAGUCAUGGAUCUGGAGAGUAUUUACUGCAAACUUCUGUACGAUCGAGAGCACGCGUUCGUACCUUUGGUCGAGGCAUCUCACUCGCAGUUUCUCUGCAAAUACGAUACCCACUGCUUCGCCCUGUGCCACUGUUGCGACUUUGACGCCUGCGACUGCGAGAUGACGUGCCCUUUGAACUGCACGUGUUACCACGAUCAAUCGUGGUCUGCGAAUGUAGUGGACUGUUCGAAUGGCGGGCACGUAAGCAAGUUGCCCGAACAGAUACCGAUGGACGCGACGCGGCUCUAUUUGGACGGGAACGACCUGCGCGGGGUGUCCAGUCACGCUUUUAUCGGUCGUAAGAAGCUCAAAGUGCUGUUUCUCAAUUCCUCCAACAUCGAGAUCGUGCAAAAUCGAUCGUUCAACGGUCUCAGAGACUUGGAGGACCUUCACCUGCAAGACAACAAGAUUCGAGAGCUGAAGGGACACGAAUUCGAAGGACUGGACGCUCUGAAACUUCUCUACUUGCAUCGCAAUCGUAUCGUAUCGAUAGGCAACGACACCUUCUCUUCUCUUCGAUCGUUACGCAUUCUUCGAUUGGAGAGCAAUCGGCUGACGACUCUAGCCGUGUGGACGUUACCCGGUUCUAUCGAAAUCAGUUUGUCUGGAAAUCCAUGGUCCUGUGAGUGUGACUAUCUUCAAAGUUACCGCGAGUGGAUCCGCGAGCCGAACGUUCGCGUGACGGACGCGUCCGCGUUGCGCUGCGUGUACAACGUGACGGAGUUCGAGGCGUUCGGUAACGAGGUGUUCGCAGACAACGAGUUCGGGUUCUCCGUGGCGAACAACGAUCGCGAGAAAAGCAACGAUAGCGUGUGUACGGGAGCUAGUAGCAUCGACAACGACGUGCACCGUAACUAUACCAAGACCAUCAUCGAGAAACAAGUGCUACAGGACUAUCUUCCACUUUUAGUUGCUACGUUAGUUGGCUCUCUAUUGGUAGUCCUCCUCUGUAUGUUGGGAUUCGUGUUCCGUCAAGAACUUCGCGUAUGGUUCCACUCGAGAUUCGGUGUGAGGAUAUUCUAUCGAAACCACGAAGUGGAUCGGGACGAUCGAGACAAACUGUUCGACGCUUUCGUCAGUUACAGUUCUAAAGAUGAGGCGUUUGUUGCCGAGGAAUUGGCGCCUGUCUUAGAGAUGGGGAAUCCUUCCUAUAAAUUGUGUCUGCACUACCGGGACUUUCCUGUCGGAAGCUUCAUAGCAGACACCAUAGUCCAAGCGGUGGAAUCCUCGAGAAGAACCAUAAUGGUCCUGUCUGAAAACUUCAUCAAGUCCGAGUGGUGUCGGUUCGAUUUCAAAUCGGCGCACCAUCAAGUAUUGCGUGAUCGAAGACGCCGACUGAUCCUGGUGCUAGUGGGCGAUGUUCAUCAGCGGGACCUCGACCCAGACAUUAGGCUAUACCUGAAGACGAACACGUACUUGCAGUGGGGCGACAAGCUAUUCUGGGAGAAACUUCGGUUCGCGUUGCCGGACGUACCGAACAAUCAGAGGACCACGCAAAGGACGAGGCAGCCGCCGCCAGUCCGACGGCAGCACAACAACAGGACAUCGAACGGAUCGCGUACUGUCUCCGUGCACAUAUGAGCUCUCUGUGGUUUCGUUCUCUAGUGUUCGUGCGUUCGUGUGAAUGUGUAUAUGCGUGGAUAGCCGCGUUCGUAUGCGUUAUUCUUCCGGUGGACUGUGGGAGUGGGCGUCGCCACGAAUUCAAACGGGGCGCGAGCGAAGAAAAGGGAGAAGGAAGUUGAGAUAUAUCGGUGCGCGACUUCGCCACAGUGCGUUUACCUAUGGUGCAAUACGGUGGCAUAUAGGAUGUGCGUAUAGAGUGUAAAUACUUCGUGAAUGUCUAUCUGUAUAAAUGUUUAAAAAAAGAAUGAGAAACGUAAUUAUAAACGAAGAAAAGGAACGAAGUGCGUCGAUGAGGGAUCGGAGAGUGUGUGCUGUUGUAAAUAGAGAGAAAAGAAAAUGGUGAAGAAACGGAGAAUAAGAAAAAAGAGAAGGAGGAAGAGGAAGAGAAAAAGAGAGAGAGAAUGUGUGAUUAUAAUAUUUAAGGUGCUUCCCUCGUGAUUACGGGGAUAUACGAGACUUAGCGUCCCAGUGUCUGUACAUUGCAGCGAAGUCAGUGAGUUUGCUAGAUAGCCUAAAGUCGUUGUAAAUACGUUCCCGUCUUCUGCGUCUACUAAGACUGUUCCCCGAUUGAUCAAGCUCACGGUUAAUUUAGGGUUAACAGUGCGUGAAAGAUCUCGUCGGAUGAGAGAUACUCUCGCGUACCGUCAACGUGUGUAUUCUCCGGGAUACACACCGCGGCACAUGGAGCUAUGCUCACGGCGUGCCAUGUGGAUUUACCUUUACUAAGAGCCUGCGCGCGUCAUAUCGUACGAAGGAUAAUCGAAAUGCGAGAAUCUGUGGAAUACAUCUCGGUCCUUGUCGAACGAUACGCUUCAACUUCGAUUCGUGGGAUCGAAUGGAUAAUUCGAACGAUCGCGAGAAAAAGAAAUAAAUCAUCGACGUGUAAUCAUUUCGUGCCCGUAAAUUGUCGAUCGUGAACGGUUCGAAAACGAUUUCAAGUCGAAAAUCCUCGAAUAAAAUCUCGCGCAAGCGAUCGUAAAUUGGCGAUCGACGAGUUUCGAGUCGCUCUGUGUCGUUCGAGUUUCCAACCAGUGCACGUUCACCUCGCCGAGCUGACACAGUGAUACCACUUCCUCCUCUAAUCGUAGCGUUAAUGCAAUGUGUAUUUAAUUGUACUUAGACCGGCAAACUUCAUUCCCAGCUACGAGACAGCUUUGCGCGUUACGGCGGUAAAAGCUGACGCGUGGGCGAUUUCUUUUUUGUAUCUUCUAUCUUUUGUAAAGUAUUAAUGCGUGCAAACUCUAUACAUAUCUUAUUUAUUUCGUCCGGAAACGUUGAACGGGAGGCGUCGCGUGGUUUCUUGCGUACGUCGUUCGAAUCGAAGAAAAUCGCGUGCCACGCGAGGUCUCUGCUUGAAUUCGACGGUCCGCCUUUGUUUUAUUUUUUUUUCUUUCAUUCCUUUGUAGAUGUUAUCCGUGCUCGAACGUCAUUCGACUAGGCUCCAAGAGCGAGGUACAUUAAAUUCCGUAGAAGAAAGGUCGAUGUUUUUCACUGAAAACCUGCGGCGGUCGGAUUCAAAAAGGUGCGCGUCACGCAAGAAAACUAAAGCAAAAUCCGCUAUAAAUAAUUCAAACACAAUGUACAAACGUAAAACAAUCUCCUUCAGCUUUCCUCGCAAGCGACUCCUCUGUGUUUUAUUCUUCUUUUCUGUCCACUUGCAAACUAUUCUCGACGACGUGAAAGAUAACAUUAGAAUAAAAACCUGUGACUGAAAACAAUAAAAUGCUCUAUUUUUAUGUUUUUAACACCUUCUUA